GUAUUAUCUUGGCCUUAGUCAUUUUCAUUAAAAUUCUUUAGGUGGGUAAAUAUUCCCUCUUUUAGGGUCUCCUCUAUCUUGCUCCACUUCUGCUUCAGACUGAUCUUUCCACCUCCAGCCAUGUGAUAAUAGGAGAAGUCUAUGAAGCCUGAAUCCUUCAUAAGGACAUUUCUGACUUUUCCAGCCGAGUGGCAGUCUUUAAAAGAGCAUGAAAACAGAAGUGAAAUUGACAGAAUGCAAACAUCCAACAUCAAGAGAGCCACAUCCUUUCUCACUACACUCGCAUGUAUCUGUCACAGAGGGUUUGUAAUCUUGGCUCGACUCACAGUACUGUAUAACUCAGUUUGCCUACUGAUUUUGGAAGAACUUCACCAGAGAGGUCAUCAAAAUAAUCCUCCAUACAAGUCUCUAGGAGCACCGCAAAGUGGGAGAAGUCAGAAUCUGAAGGGCUGCGGUCUCGUUAUUUAAGCUUUCCUAUCUUGAGGGCUACAAACUGUCACUUGUCAAAAAGAAUCCAACUCAUCUCUCAUGGAUACUUUCAAUGCUACAGAAGCGUAUGACGAUGGCGACUAUACAGAUGAAGCUAUUCCUUCUGUUGUCCAUAAGGAUCAUGGACAAAAUGAAGCAUCCAAACAGAUUCUUUCUGCCGUACUGUUCAGUGUGGUGUUUAUUGUUAGCACCCUUGGAAAUGGACUUGUUAUCUUCAUGAUCUCCUUCAAGCUUAAGAAAUCAGUCAAUGUUAUAUGGCUUUUAAAUCUAGCCAUUGCUGACUUUUUAUUCACCUUUUUCCUACCUUUCACUAUAACCUACACCGCAAUGGAUCACCACUGGGUAUUUGGAAGAACUAUGUGUAAGCUGAACUCAUUCGUUCUUGUUCACAACAUGUUCACCAGCAUAUUCCUCCUGACAAUAAUCAGCUUGGAUCGUUGUAUAUCUGUUGUAUUUCCAGUUUGGUCCCAAAAUCACCGUACUGCUAAAAUGGCCAAGGUGCUUUCAGCAGCUGCCUGGAUGACAGCCUCUCUUUUAAGCAUCAGUUCUUUUAUUGUCCGUGAUACAACACAGAGAGGGGAAAAAACAUUAUGUUUCACCAACUUUACAUUAGCGGGAGAAAAUAAUAAGGCAAAGAUACAGUUAGCUUACUCUUUAUCACGGUUUGCAUUUGGAUAUUUGAUUCCACUUAUAAUCAUUCUAUCCAGCUACGCUAUCAUUGUGUACAGACUGAAGAAAAACAGAAUGGCUAAAUCCAGCAAACCAUUUAAGAUUAUAUUUUCAAUCAUCACAGCGUUCUUUCUCUGCUGGACACCUUACCAAGUGCUGCACAUUAUGGAAAUUGAAUUCAUGCGAUUUCCCAUUUCUGUAUUCAAAAUUGGUUUUCCUAUCGCAAAUGCCCUAGCGAUGGCCAACAGUUGCGUUAAUCCAAUACUUUAUGUGAUUUUGGGACAGGACUUUAAGAAGUUUAAAAUGAGUAUUCUAUCCAGACUUGAUAAUGCAUUGAGUGAGGAUACUACAAACUCCCGUUUAAGCCACAGAACCUUCUCAAGAAUGUCUACCAUGAAUGAGAAAGAAUCAAUAAUGCUAUAAUUUCUAUACAAUGUGCCACUUUGCUUGUCGUUUUCAAAAUGCAUAUUUAAUUCUCAAAGAACUGAACAGUGAAUAUGCAGAAACAUGGUAAAACAAUAUAUACAUGAAUACUGAACUGAACUGGAUAUAUAUAGUAUGCACGAGAAUACAGUAUCUGUAAUCUGUAUACAGAUGGAGAGAAUGUUAUGUAGACAUUUGGCUCAGAUGGCUUAUCAUGUCCCUAUGUGGUAUAUUUGUCAAAGAGUGAAGUUAAUAGUGAAGUUCCGCCACUAUAGUGAAAUUCAGCCACUCUUCUCCAUUCAUU